CGUCAAUUUCACCUUGCCAACCAGGCUGCCAGGCUGCUAGAUCGGUCUUGUAGUCAGAACGCUUUUGGAUUUAGACGUAUCGGCGUAAAACAGAAUUGGAAUUGAACGGUAUUCAGAUGAUAAUUGUGUUUAUAAUCAUUUCGCAUCAAUAGUGAAUUAAGCACUCCGGCUUCUAUAGAUAAUUACGAAUUUUAUAAACAAAUCAUACGGGAAAGUUGAUCGAAUCUGCCUGUGUAGUGUAGUUUUUCGUGCAGUGACAAUGUAAAUAAUCUAUUUGGAAGAAAAGAAGUGAAUUUAAUGUUCGAAUCAGUUUGUUCCAAUGCUAAUGAUCACAGUUUUUGAAUAACUUAUCCAGAUGUUGGGAGUCCUGAAAAGGCGUUGGAAACCUAAAAGGUCCAGCACACCUCGGAUCAACACCGACUCCAAUCUGGAUAAUUCUAUAUGCGAGAAGGGUUCACGUCUUGUUCCUUCAGUGAGACAAGUCCAUCCAUUGUUGGAAGAGAAGGCACACCCUUUAUGCGGUGAUAUCAACUCGAGCCCCCCACCAUAUCCGAAAAGGGCCAGCUUGGAUUCCAAUACUAGCCCUACUCAAUGUUGGGGGGCCUUCGAUUGUGACCCCAGAAGCCCUCAGUGCUACCCUCUAACGCCAAAUAUAUGCGUCGAGGCUGGCAGGAUACAGUUCAUCCGCCAUGACAGUUCCGAUACAACAACACAGGAUUCCUCUCCCCCUGCCUCGCCAGUGCUGCCGCGGACGGUGGAGGCUAGAAUUACCGUCACUAGGGGUCUACAGACCGACGGGGAGGCAGAACAGUUCGAGGAAGAAAAGAAAUUAUUCGAGGAACGAAUAUCCGAACUCGAAGCUUCAUUAGAGUUAGCCAAAAAGCACGAGCAGAGAGAUAGACUGAUUAUAAGUAAAUUGCAGAAACAAAUGGCAAAGAGAGAAUCAGCUCACAGGGAUGCAGAUCGUGAGCGAAGGCUUCGCAUUGAAAGCGAAACCCGCGCUAAACAGGCCAUCCAAGAAGCCACAAGGUGCAGAUCUAGACUCAAGCUCCUCACCACUGAAUUCGCAAAAAUGGAGGAGACCGUCAGAUCUAUGCUAGUCUAUAAAAAACAGGCCGAGCAACUCAGACAGGAAAAAACAGCACUCACUCUAGCUUUUGAGAACCGUUGUCACCAAUAUCAGAACACGAUAUCAAGACUGAACCAAGAAGUUGAAGCUCUCCGACACCAACUCGAACAUAUAGGUUACGAACACGAUCCCGAAAGUCUGUUAGAAGCACACACUGCAGCUUUACAGCGCCAUGCCGAAGAAUCUAGGAAACAGUACGAGAAAUGUUUAGACGACGUAGCUAACCAGGUUGUCAAAGCACUUCUAGCCCAAAAGAACUUGCGGGAAGAAGUCGGCACCCUGCAUAACAGAAUUCAAGAACUGGAGGACCAAAAUAGAGCGCUGACAUCGAUGUUGGUCCAUCAGUUGAAAAGCGAUAGCUACGAGGCUAACUGCAGCUUGCAGCUAGCUCUUCAAGACACAACCAGUUCAUCCGACAACUCACCUGUCAAUGUUGUGAACACCAUUCCUAUAAAACACUACAACUCCUUCAACUCAGCAGUGCUGGACGAAAGUCCUAGUGAAAAUAUCGAAGUUAGAACGAACAACAAACACACGACGAUACAUUCGAAUAUUUCUGAUACAAAAUUUUCACUAGAAGAUAAAAAGCGCCACCAAGUUCUCACGAAGCUUUGGACUGAACUUAAGGGUGCGGAAGUAACGCCCAAAAAACUUCUGGAAGCUUUAAGUGCUGUUGAUUCUGCCCUUUGGGUACCCCCUCAAAGACCUGUGUCGCUCAAUUUACAUUUGCCGAUCAUUGCGUCUACAAAGUAUAGAAGAUCUAGGCCCAUUUUAGCGCAGUCAAGUUCAAAGAGUGAGGAGGAAACUACUGGGAAUGAGUCACCUGAGAGCGGAAAUAGAGACGAAGGAUACUCCACCAUGUCUUCAGAUGUACAAACAGAUGUAACAAGGAGCUCCAACGAUGGUCCUUCUGUCUAUAACGGAAGUGGAAGAGGCUUAGAAGAUCUGAAAGAAGCUACAGAAGAAACUGGAGAUGGAGCCGAAACAAGAUUAUUGGUUACCGAUAGCAAAGAUCCUGAUAUUCUGUAUAUACCAUUGAAUUUGCUGAAUCUGAAGUCAAGAAACAGUUAUCCUCCUGGCAGAGACAUGCUUCCAUUCCAGCACAUCAUGAGAAGUUUCUCAGACUCUCAUCUCUGCAUUAAGAUUACAACUGCUCCUAGUCCCUGCUACACUUUCAGUUCUCCAAUCUCAAGUAGUCCAUCCAUAUUUCUGGUAGACAUCACUGAGAGAAAGAAGAACGCUUUAAGGAGAGCAAGAGGAACAAAUACUCUUUGGGUUUUUUCCAUUGCAGGUAACAGUAGUUAUGAUGGUUUCGACGACAAAUCGUCUCCAGUAUCUUGGUCAAGUGCUAUUGAAGAUAGAUUAGAAUGCACCUCUUGGGAUACAGAAUAUAUUCAACAUUGGUUGAAACUGGAUGAAACAAGAACCGCCCUACAGCAACACAGAGAUCUUUUUGAAUUAGAAUAUGACCGUACGGAGUUGGAAGACUGGAGUUUGAGCCUUUCCAAUGACGAUCUUAGAGAAUCUUGGAAAAAAUCAGAAGCGACAACUCCAGGACAAAUUUCCAUAUCGACUCUACCAAGCAUUCAAGAGAACAACACCUUAGAACUUGAGGAGGACUCUAAUGAGUGCUUGUGGAACAAUUCAAGCUAUAUGAUGGACAGGGAGGGAAGAGAACUUGUUACUUUCCUCAUGGACACUUCUCACUCCCAGAACGGAAAGUCAUGGCCUUAUGCUUUAUCUAGUCCUGUGAAUCUGCAAGCUUCUCCUGACAAUAGCUGGUCUAGUGGAGGUUCCGAUUGCCAUUCUUACGAACCUGAGACUUGCUCGAAAAGGUCUUCAGCUGCGUUGAGUGGCUGUAGCGAUGACACCGGAGAGAUCCCUGCCAUUGGCACUGACUUUACUAGAGAUUUUUAUAGACUGGUCAAAUUCGAAAGUACUAAAAGCCUAGCAUCUACGUCUUCCAGAAGUAUUCAAGGCGAGAAUACUGAUCGUGAAAUGACUCUUCAGAAUGUUCUUACUUUCCUAGCCGAGCAGCAAAAAUAUGUGCACUCCAAAGAAAAGGAUUCCCGACCAUGCUCUGCAAAUGAAAUAAUCACCAAAGAUUAUGUUGACUGCCCAGUAUUAUCCUCCGACGAUUCCAAAAACAAUGAGAGUCAUCUUAAGAAUGAGUUCAAGGACGAAAACUACGUCACCCUGAAACAGCUGUGCGAAGAAGCUUCAAUGAACGAGCAGAACUUGAAAGAUAAGAAGUCGGAGGACAUCUUCCUGGACAUCAAACAUAACAUAGCUUACGCCCAUGAAGUCUGCCUUGUAACACCGAUAGACAUCGAAAGUGAGAACUGUUCAAACAUUUGUGAUCAACCUGUAGAUAUUUGUAGUGUUAACAUAGAACUUACUUCUGACUUUCCGAAUCAGGAUUCCGUUAAUGAAAGUGAUACAAAUUCGAAUCAAGACAAUAAUAAGAUAAAUGAAUCAUUAGAAAGUGAUUUGACCAAAUCUAGUGAUACUACUUCAAGUGAUAUAUCUGUGAAUAAUGGCAGUGAAUCUUUAACUUCAAGUGUUAGUACUCCGGAAACAAUAAUUUCUAAGAUACCGCGAAGAAAGUUAACCUCUUCAAAACUACCGGUCAGCCCUUCCAAGACUGCAUAUAACAAUAAUGAAACUAAAAUACCAAAGAUAAAAGUACUACAUAAAUCUCCUAAAUCGAAGUCUCCAUCUCAAAGACAAAAAAUUGUUCACGUUCAACCAAAACCCCCUACCACGCAUGUGAUCACUUCGGAAAGGCUUCCACAAAGUACUGCGGGCACUAUCAGCAACAUCAUUGAUGGCCCGCCACACAGGGCUGUUAGUUUUCACGAAAGAGCCACAUCGAAAGAUGUUAUCGAUGAACUCAAUAGAAUGAUCAAGAAUGGAGAGGAAACCGUUAUUCAACAGGAGCAAGUAGAAUCUACAGUGAAUGCCAGGUUGGACCAGAGUUGUAAGCCGACAGGAUGGGUGCAUGUCGAGAGAGAUAUUGAUUUGACAGAUCCUAAGGCUAGAGCGAAUCUCUUGGACGUUAUGAUGGCUUCAGUUUCUAGUGAUUCAUCGCCAACAUCUUCUUGUGGUGGAAGUGUUACAAGUGAGACAACAGAAGAUCCUCCAGACUAUGGGCACCUGCAUAGAAUACACCGGUGUCACAGGCAGAAAAAAGCUUCUGCAUCGGCACCCUGCACUCCCAUCACCGAGACGGCAGUCUGAAUCCAAUCUUCUUGCAGCCAACGCGAUCAGACCAGAGAUGGCGGUAGUGAGAGCCUCCCAGGCCGUGUCUCGGCCUACUAUCAUCGGCAGAACGGACUUUUUCGUUAGGUAUGGGGAGAAAGAGAAAGAAGCGGUCGCUAGUUUCGAUUUUUUGGAUAACCUAAUCACUAGUGGAAAUUCCUUAAGUUGCUCGUUAGAGGAACAAAUGGAAGAAGAUAUCAAAAGUAACGGGGAUAUUCUGAGGCAGUUUAGAAUAACGCAGGUUUAAACGCUCCUAUCUGAUUAUCAAAUUUAUAACCGAGGCAAAUUACGAACAACUACUACAAAUUUUUCUGCCAAUUCUUAUAUCGAUUUGAUUAGAGUAAUCUUAAUUUUUCUUUCAGAAUUGUCAAAUUUUCAUGAUCCAAUCGUGGAAUUAUAUAUCUUAAUUAUAGUUUUCAAAGAAAUGUACAUGUACUCUUUUCACAAUCCAUAUUUACAUAAAAUUCUCAUUAUUCUCAACAAAUCUAUACCGGUAACUGUAAGCAAACGUUCUCACAUGUUAAUAAAUUUUUUUUCUUUAUAAUAACCCCUUCAAAAGUGACAAUUUUUAAUUUUCAAUAUCAAAUCCUAAAUUCAAGUAACAUUCUUUCACAAAAAAUAUGUAGAAACUUUUUCGAAAUUGCUUUGUCCUAACAAUCAAUGCAAAAUUAGUAUUAUUUUAAUUUUCAGUAAUUUAUUUAUUGUCCAUAUGUAAAUUUUUUACCUUUAAGAUUCGUAUUUAUUUUUUUCGAGUCUAUUGAUAUCAGACAAAUAAAAAUAUAACAUAUAUAAUUAGAACGAGCUUAGUAUUUAAGGCUGUAAAUAUAUAAUAUUAUUUUUAUUAAGAUUUUUCCCAAUUUCGGGGAUCACUUUUUAUCUAGAUAACUCAAACGAAUUAUGUGUAGUACAUAUUAUUUGUACUUUGUGAUAUAUUGUAAAUUUUGGAAGGGAAGAUCUAGAUGUGUCUGUUGUAUCUUGAAAUUUUACUGGUGAUGUUUAUGUGAAGUCCUGGGUAUUCUAAAUAAAUUUAUGUCAGAUUUCAUAGUUUGAAGUUACAGGGUGGACUUGAUAUAGGACUAGAGUUCAAUGGCAUAUGGAUUUGCUGUUUCAAUAUCUCAAUUCUGUUAGUGUAUCACAAUUAAUAUUAUCUUGAUCUGGUUUCUAAAUUAUUCAUCCUCCUAUAAUCAAUCAUGUUUCCAGUCGACACCCAGAAUAAUUUUUUUUUUGAAUGAAGUCAUAAAUGGACUUGUUUAUUCAUUGAACUGAUCUUUAUCAGCAUCGCAGUAAAACUUAAUAGAAAACAUCAUAUAGGAUGUCUAUGUGUGUAGAAUGUAUUUUUAUAUAGGUACUCGUAUAAUUAGUACAAAAAUAGGAUAUUUAUGAUGAAUAUACACAGGCUGAUUUGUGGUUGUUUUUAGAAUCGAGCAGGACUGUAAGCAUUAAUUGUUUCUGAAAAUGACUAUUAUAUAUGAAUCAAAAAGAA